AUGGAAUUUAAUUAAUACAAAACAAAUGAAGUCAAAUCAAAUCCAAAAUACAAGGGGCUGUUAUAGUGGGGUGUAUAGAAUGGAGUGUUGAUGAAGGGUGUGGAUUUUCCAGCUUCAUUCGGAGAUGUCAUAGGAGUAGUCGCCUCUGAAGACUUGCCAUCAGAUACUGUAAUUAUUUGCAUACCUUAAUCAUUGAUUAUUUCACCUGAUAAAUGCAAGUAGAGCACUCUCAUAACAGUGUACAACAGUCAUCCAGAAAUGUUUGAUGAAGAAGAAACUAAUGAGGCAGAGUUUAACAUUUUAACAUUUUACAUGUUCAAUGAAAAGAAGAAAGGGGAAUAGUCAUUUUAUUACCCUUACAUUUAGGCGAUCUAAACUAGCAACACAUUAAUGGCUUGGUCGAAUGAGGAUUUGCAGAAAAUUGAAGAUCCUCUUAUAUUAGAAGAAUUUUAAUUAAUUAAAUAAGAUUUCUUAGGGUUAUGGAGUAAGGCCAAGUUAAUCUUUGAUAACGCUUAGGAUAUAUUUGGAGCCCCAAGAAUAACAGAUAAAAGUGACUUUUUUUGGGCAAUAGAAUGCGUUAUGAGCAGAUGUUUUGGAUGGGCUCUUAAAUCUACUUGUCUAGUUCCCAUAGCUGAUUUCCUUAAUCAUUCUAAUAAAGCAUGCACACAUUAUAUGGUUCAUUCAGCAUUGGAAAAGGGUAGUUUUUCUAAAUCAGAGGUGUAAGCUAAUUUUCAAAAACAAUAUGUCAUAAAAAGAAACAAUAUGAAUUUGAGUAUUUUAGGUAUUGAGGCUGAUAAUGAGAUACAGAAAUGGAAAGAUGAGAAAAUUAAAUUUAUUUUAGAGAAUAAACAGUGUUUAAGAGAUCAGGACUUACUAGUAGAUUUGGAAGGAGCAUCUAUAAAUGAGCAAAGAGAUAUCAUAAAUAAGAUCCAUUAUGAAUAGAUUAUUUAAGAUCCGAAGUUGAAUAUAUGGGAUUUGGAGUCUAUCGCUUCAUCUGAUAGUGAAGAUAAUGAUUCUGAUGAAGAAGUUAAAUUAGAGAAGUUUUAACAAUAUGAGAUUUUGAAGAUUAAGGAAUUGGCAGAAUGGAAAAUUAGAGAAGAAUAAAAAAGAAUAGAGAAAGAGUUUUAGUCUAUCAAUUUGAAAAAUCAACCUAUUGUUACAGUAACCUUGAAUCCAGAGAAGAAAAAUAAGGUAAUAAUUCGUGGAUUACCAUAAUAUCAGAUUGAAGCCAUUAAGGCAAAGCUGUUAAUUAUCAAUGGGAGAUUAAGGAAGCAACAAUAAGAAAAGAUUUUGUCUGAAGUUGAUGAUGUGUAAAGUAGAGAAGAUUAAUAAUGGGAUUGGUUAGAUGAAUAUGAUUAAGAAGCCUACUUUUGCAUUACAACUACAGCUCCAAUUAAGAAAUUUCAAUAAGUGACUGUUUCAUACGGGAAGAGAACAAAUAGAUUUUUAAUAUGUUGGUAUGGGUUUGCAUUGCUAGAGAAUGUGUACAGUUCGUUUAAUUUUAGAUUAUGGCUGAAUACUGUGAUCCUGGAAGAUAAAGAGAAAACCUUAGAUUAGAUCUUGAACACAAUAAUUAUUAAAAAACUAAUAUAUGAGGAUGAAUCAAUUGUAGACAAGAUUUCAUACAACGGUUACGAAAUACCUAUUUCAUCUUUAUCCAAGGAGUUUAGAAUAAAAAAGAAUAAGUUGAAUAUAGACAUAAUAAGCGUUUUGCGAUUAUUCUUAUAGAUAAAAUACGGGAAGGAAAAAGAUUUGUUGAGUACGAUUCCUAUGUCAAUUGAUUAUGAAAUUGAUGUGCUGCAAUUUUACUAUUCAUUGUUACAAACCCUGAUGAAGUCUUAUUCUUAAGAUUUGGUUCAAGAUCUUAAAGAAUUAGAGUAGACAUUUGAAUAUCCAAAAAGAUUUGCUGUAUGA